UCCUCUCAGGGUGAAAACCUACAUGUCCAGCGACAGGGGGCGCUGGCUGUCAUUCGCUCCCCUGUCAUGACAUCACGCUAAGGGCUCUUCUUACUGGAUGGUUUAGCCUGUAUAAACACCAGUUAACGACCAGCUCCUCAACCCAAAGGAAUCAACUGUAUGGACUUAUCGGAGUCCAAGCUGGUAACAAAGUGAUGGUUUAAAGACUCACAGUCACAAGAGGUGCUUGCGCCUGGCAUGUUGCGCUGGUCGGUGCACCUAGAAGGAGGGCCGCGGAGAGUCAACCAUGCUGCUGUGGCGGUGGGGCACAAGGUUUACUCCUUUGGAGGCUACUGCUCUGGGGAGGACUACGAGACACUACGUCAGAUUGAUGUUCAUGUCUUCAACUCAGUGUCUCUGCGCUGGAUGAAGUUGCCCCCAGUGAGGACAGGGGGGAAUGAACGUGCCCGCGAAGUACCUUACAUGCGUUAUGGCCACACAGCUGUGCUGUUGGAUGAUACCAUCUACCUCUGGGGCGGGCGUAACGACACAGAGGGGGCCUGCAAUGUGCUCUAUGCCUUUGAUGUUAAUACUCAUAGGUGGUUCACGCCCAAAAUAUCAGGGACAGUUCCUGGUGCGAGGGAUGGACACUCAGCCUGUGUGCUAGGAAAGACAAUGUAUAUCUUUGGAGGAUAUGAGCAGCUGGCUGACUGCUUCUCUAAUGACAUCCACCGGCUGGAUACAACCACCAUGGUUUGGUCAUUAAUUAAUGCCAGAGGAAAUCCAGCACGAUGGAGAGACUUCCACUCUGCCACCAUCAUUGGGACAAAAAUGUUUGUGUUUGGAGGGAGGGCAGACCGUUUCGGCCCCUUUCACUCCAACAACGAGAUCUACUGCAACAAGAUCAAAGUGUUUGACACAGAGACCAACUGCUGGCUGAGCACGCCCUCAACACAGCUAUCGCCAGAGGGACGUAGGAGUCAUUCAGCCUUUUGCUACAAUGGGGAGCUCUACAUAUUUGGAGGUUACAAUGCCCGCUUGGACCGGCACUUCAAUGAUCUUUGGAAAUUUAAUCCAGAGGCAUUCACGUGGAAAAAGGUAGAGCCAAAGGGGAAAGGCCCAUGUCCACGGAGGCGGCAGUGCUGUUGUAUGGUUGGAGAUCGCAUCGUCCUCUUUGGAGGCACCAGCCCCUGCCCAGAGCAAGGAAUGGGGGAUGAAUUUAAUCUCAUGGAUCAUUCAGACUUGUACAUUUUAGACUUCAGCCCCAAUUUGAAGACAUUAUGCAAAAUAGCUGUUAUUCAGUACAGUCUGGAGCAGUCAGGACUCCCACAUGAUAUCAGAUGGGAGCUGGCGGCCAUGACGACCAACAGCAACAUCAGCAGACCCAUCUUCUCCUCGCAUGGUUGAUGCAGCUGCAAAUGAAACGGAAACCAGGACUCUGUUUCGGAAAAGCUGGACCUUUUUGAAUCUUCCUCGUUGACUAAAACUUCAAAGACUGCAUCUGAUUUAUUUUCUGCAUUCUUCAAAUGGAAACUCAUUGCUGACUAAGCUGUCCUGGGCGUUAAACUUCAGUGGACACAUGGGCCUUGCCCUGCCUAAGGAUAUGUUUUAAUCCUUGACACUCUGGUUGUGGGAGAUGAUGCUUAUUCAGAUUUCCCUCUUCUUUCUAGCCCUUCUAGGAGCCCAAUCAGCCUAUGAUAAUCAUAGACAUGCAACCUCCAAACUGAAGCACAGGAAUUGACAAAUAUUUCAACCAAAGGUGUUGAGAAAUAACUUCUUUUGAAGAUGUCAUGAAGAUGUCAAGCUCCUUGAAGAAACAACCUGUUACAGAUAAAAAAAAGACUGAUAAUGAGUGAUAAUGAGCUUUAAGCUCAAUCAAUAAACAUUCUCACAUUCAGAGAAGGACAAAGAAUAUUCAGGACUAUAAUCCAGGAGUGCUUUGCUUGCAGAACGUCUGUUUUUCCUUUUUCUUUCUCUUCUUUCUGGUUGGGUUAUUUCUCUACAACAUGAAAGCCUCUUUGCUGCUUUAAAGUGGCACCUAAAUGAUUUACAAGACGGCUAAAGAAAGCUGUAAAAUAAUCAAGGACAUCUACCUCCCUCUAAAGUAUUUCUCAUUGGGUCUUUAACACCUAUACAUUCGACACCUGCUAGUCCCCACAGGAAAAAAAAGAAACUCUUUACACUGAAGUUGCAAAGAUAUUGUAAUGAACCUGCUGCCUAACCUCUUUAACUUUAGAGGAUUUCAAUAUCAAAUGCAGAUGAGAUCAUUCAGAAGUGCAGAUAUACACAUUUUUUUUGUGUGUGCGUAAAGGUUGAAAAACAUCUUUUAAGGAGAUCAUCACUUAUAUACUGACACAAGUUCUUUUUUGUAGACAAUCCUACAGUUUUCAGAGAGGCACCCUCAGAAUGCUUAAUCUAUCAAACAGAGCGAAAGCAAAGGAAGAAAAUGUUAAAGAAGCUUAGAAUGGAACCGUUUGUUCAUUUAAAAAAUGAGGCUGAAUACACCAAGUUAAUAGUUUUUGUUGACAUCCCAGAAAAAAGACCAAAACAAACUGUGCAAUGCCAUUCUUCCUGCCUUGCUGUAGCUGUUUCUUUCCUCCUGAAUGUUGUUUAGUAAACCACAUUGAGUAUGUGGAAGCAGGACAGUGUACAGUUUGUCUUAUACUGAAUCAUUUCUCUAUUUGCUUUUGAUCUGUGAUCAGAAGACGCAGAAAGUCACAUCUGUCCUAAAGCUCUGAAAAUAGAGAGCCAUUCUGUAUUAUUUGAAUAUGAGGAUUAACUGGCUAGAAGAUCUAGAAGAGUUAUUCCCCUUUUCCUCCAUUUUUUUCUCCAACUUCAGUAUCAAAUCCAGUCGUGUAGACUGACUGGAUUUGAUAGCCUCUAAACUUUAGAUAGAUCCAGUCUCAGGCCUCAUGGCUGCAUCAUCCACCCUACCUUAGGGACCAAGAGAAGCUUUGCUUUCUGUCUUGACAUGCAUCAGUUUGCUCCUACAGUGAGGCCACUUGAAUUUAUGCCCUAAAAUAGCAGCUGCAAAUUCUUACACUUUUUAGAAAGAUUCAUACUUUAAUAUGAGUUCAUGUAUUCAGCAGGAACAAACAAAAUAAUGUUUUAAGGAAUAAUUGAUUUAACCAAAAUCCCUGGUGGCAUAAUAAUUCUUACUAAAUCAUAUUUGAUUUUAAUCUCUUAAGUUUAUAGGAUUCUCUUAAAAAUGCCACAUGAGUCCUUAUAUAAUGCACGGCAUCCUGGACUCUUAUAUGGAGCAGGUCAUUUUAUCUUUUUUUUUUCUACGAAAAAGUGAAAUUAGCUGAUCACCUGGUUUUUUAGGUUAAUAAUGUAUUAUAACAGGUGAGGAAAUUAAGAGAGAAAUGAUUUACAAGACAUAAAGACAAUCUUAGUCUGGGAACUAAAAUGCUUACAGAAAACCGAUGAUCAGAAGAGACUGUUCAGAGGGAUGAUUGGAGAUUCCUUUCUGCUCCAAAUGCUGUUAUGUUGAUAAAAAGUAUGUUAAAGUAUUAACACAGAGUUUUCAGUAUGUGAUCUACCAGUUAUUUAUGCUAUUGUUAAUUUUAAAGCAUUUUGCAUCACAUAAUCAUGAGUGCCGGUUGCAUAACAUGGUGCAUGCAAGGGAAAUCGAAAAAAGGCUCUUGACUCCUGAACAUGAAGAUUUAACACCUCUGACAGCCAUCGUUUAAAUGUUUACAAAACAGAAGCAGUCCUAAACAAUCUGUAAGCUGCAGCUUGGAGUCAUCAGAUAACUGCACUAUAGCCAACUGUGGCAUUUCUGAUCUUACACAGACGAGACAUUGAUGCUGCUUUUUGCCAAGGUAGACUUCAGAUUUUGAGAAGUGAGCCUACACACGUACCAGUUCACACUUUAUUUACAGACCAGCAGUGCCAAUGUGACCCAGCGAGUCCUAUGCUUCUUGCACUACAAACAUGUACACCUAAUACAUUUACUUAGAGGAUUAUAGAAAUAAUGAAGCAGUGAAAUCACAUGUAAGCCUAUUUUGUUUGCAUAAAGAAAGUAAAUCUCCUUUUAUGACAUCGUAUGACUGCUAGCAAAACAGAGAUAUCCAUUUUUGUCUAAAAUAGUAUGAAAGUUAAAAUAUGAAGACUUGUUGCCUUUUGAAGAUUCUGAAUGACGGGGAUAUUUGUUCUUUAGAAGAAGUACACACUAAAAGAAAGCAGAGGCAAAAGAAGUACCUGGGAUGUCUCCAGUAAUGCUCAGACAUAUGCUGUGGUUACACUUGUAAUGCAAAAAUUGCAGUUUAUGAUUCUCCUGUUGUGCUUUUUUUUAAACAUUAUGACAAGCUUAAGGGUUGGGGGGUGGGGGGUAUAUCUGACAGCUAGUGUGUUCUUUAACAUGGUCUGGGAAAAACGAACAAAGUAUGGGGUGUUUGUGUUCUUUUUACAACUGCAUUGGCUCUUUAUUCUGUUUUUAUUUUUCACAAUUGUUUUCAAAGGGGAUUCUUUGUGUGAAAAGGGUCGGCAGGACCUCCUGUGCAAUAUGCUUUAUAAGUGUAUCAAUAAUAAAUUGAAAACACUUAAAGGUGA